UUUACACACUGCAUGUGGUGGUGCAAACUGAGUAAAUCAUCCUGAACACUGUUUGUCGUGUUUGUUUGCGGCGCCGAUCCGGGCCUUUUUUCUCCUUCCCCGGCUUGCAGAGAGGCAGGACCAUUGUGAAUGCCCUCCGAUAAACAGCCGAUAAGACGUUGCUCAAUCUAACAAGCUUUCUGCUGGCUCCAAAUUCUCCCAACCGGAUUAUCAUUCAGUCACCUCAGGAACCGUGCCACUAACUUCGUCAUGGGCUUCGGAGCUCCCGGUGGUGCCGCGACCAACUACAAGCCUACGCCGCCUGAGCGUGGUAGCUUUCCCCUAGAUCACUAUGGCGACUGCAAACACCUGAUAUCCGAUUACCUGAAAUGCCUGAAAUCGAACCGCGGCGUGAACGACGACGCAUGCCGACAAUUGGCGAAGGGAUAUCUUGCUUGUCGGAUGGAAAACAACCUCAUGGCGCCGGACGAUUUCAAGAACCUCGGGUUGACAUUUGAGAAGGACAAGGCCGCUGCUGCUGCUGAGGGGGCUGCGGCGGGGACGGAGAAUAAGUCAUAGGGUUGGGGUUGUUGCCAUGCGAGGGUUGUACGAUAUUUCUGGGAGGUUGGCAGUCUUUGUGCAAAGCAUGAGGGCUGGGUUGGUUGAUGAUUUUCAUGAUAUGGUUGGUAGAUUAGUAUAUAUUCUCUCACUCUUCGGAUUUUUGGGCGUCCGGGAAAGGUGGUUGGUCAUCUAUAUUUCGUUCUAUGUAUGUACAGAACGUGCAGGAAUCUAUGGUCUGUAUGUACGUGCUGAUUAUCUACUUCGGGAUCCCCAGGCAUGCUCGUCCUUAGCAUAUUUGUUGUGGCCUGCGAUUGUCUUGUGAUGUCUUAUCAGAAAAGAAAUGCG